AUGCAUGGGAACUGGACUCGCUUCGAGCAGGGGACCGUCACGUCCCGUGAGCUCGCACUGCCAGCAGCCCCGGGGCUUGGAGAAGGAAGAUCGUGGAGAGAAGCAGAGACACAGAAAGAAGUACUAAGUCAUCUCAAGCAAGGUCCCACUCACCCUCACUCGACUUGGCAGCGCCACCAACCCCGGACGACAACGUCGUGGUCGUGGUGGUCGUCGCACUCACCACCGAGUGAGCGCCCGCCCCCUCGACCAUCCCAACCGCCGUCGGCCUCCUCUGCCCUGGCCCGCCGGCCCGGUGCUCCGUCCCCCAUGUCGGGGCAGCUGCCCUACCGCUGCCCCCGCUGCGGUGACCACAAGCGCUUCCGCAGCCUGUCCUCGCUGCGCGCGCACCUCGAGUACAGCCACACGUACGAGACGCUCUACGUCCUCUCAAAGUCGUGCCGCGUGCCGGGCGGCCUGGGCCUCACCGGGGCGGGCCGAGCCGCGUCGGCCAUAGCGGCCGGCGGCGCGGCCUCCCGCGGCGGCGGCGGCGGCGGAGGCGGCGUAGGAGGAGGAGGCCGCGGGCCGCUGGCCUUGGCGACCGGAGGAGCGGCCUCGUCGUACGAGCGCGGCGCCGCCGCCGCCGCCGCCGGCGCCGGCGCCGAGCUGGCGGGCCGCAGGGCGGGACGGCUGGGAGGGGACGCGCGCCUCUGGGUGGAGGGGCCCGUGCGCAAGGUGGGGCCCGCGACGGAGACCGGCGAGAUGCUCUGCGAGGUGCUGGUGCGACGGCCCACGCGCCACGCGUGGUACAGCGACGGUGGCGUCUCCACAGGACACCCUGGCCCCAGGGCACUGGGCCGCCGGAGAAGCACUACCGCGCGGCGGCACGCCUACGACCGCUUGCGGCGCCGCCCGCGCCCGGACGGGACGACGGCCGUAAGCGUGAGAGCGGCGGCGGCGGCGGCCGCGGCGACGGCACGGGAGGAGAGGAGGAAGAGGAGAACGAGGAUGAGGAGGAGGAGGAGGACGAUGACGACCGGGACGAGGACGAGGCGGCAAGCGAGUCGUCGGGAGGCCGGGGGCCGGCGGUCCGCACGUGCCGGCUGGAGGCCGAGCUUGGUGCGGCAGGCGGCCGACCUGGGCGAGGCGCAGGCGCGCUCGCGCCAGCUGGGCCGCGAGAAGGAGGAGCUGGCACGGCGUGUGGAGGAACUGUCUCGCCAGGUGGACGCCAGCGCCGGGAUGAUCGCCGCGCUGCGCCAGGAGCUGCUGCGCAAGGAGAGGGAGCUGCACAGCAAGGAGCAGGAGGCGGCUCGACUCACCGAGUUCCUGCAGGCCACGGCGGAGCGCGAGGGCCAGGCCAAGGUGGAGCUGCAGCGAUUCAUCGAGGGGCUGCUCGACCGAGCCGAGAGGGCCGAGGGUCGACUCCUGGCUCUGGGCGCCACCGCCGCCACCACCACCGCCGGACUCAACCCCGCGCCAUCCAGCGCCGAUGCCAGGCCCGCAGCGGUGGCCCAGACCGGUGGGCCAGAGACAGCGACUUCUGGCUCUGAGCAGCAGGCCCGCGCUCGCCUGAACAGUGGCGAGGAGGAAGAGGAGACCAAGGGCAGCAGUUUCACCACCACCGGCAAGAAACGACACGACAGGGCCCGUGGACACAGCCCCCAGCCCAGCAAGGGCCCCGCGGCAGCGCAGAGCGGCGUGGACAGCGGCGGCGACGCCGACGGCAAGGCCGCCGGGGGGUCUCGGGGCAGGGCCGGGCGGGGGGGGAGCGCCCCCCCCUCGUCGCUGCGCGUGGCGCCCCCCCCGGCGGCAGCGGCGGCGACCCCGGCGUCUCGCUCGCAAUCCGGCUCGCGGUGUCCCCACGCGUCCGCGGGGAGCUCGGCGGCCCUCUCCGAUGGCACGGAGAGCGGAGUCUCCGAGGCGUCGGGGUCCGGCUCCGGGAGUCCCGGUGGCAGUCGCGGCGGCGGCGGCGGCGGCGGCGGUGGUGGCGGUGGUGGUGGUGGUGGUCCCCGUGAUCCGCGGCAACGCUCCGAACCAGCGGGAAUCCAGCACUGCCCGGCGAGCAUGGCCGCUGGGUUGCCGCGUGGAGCUGGCCGCUCGCGACGCGGCGAGGAUGCCCUCUGCCUCGUCUUCUCCUACCUGGACGUCCGCUCCCUCCUCGUGGCGGGGGAAGUGUGCGUGGAGUGGAACGCGUUGGCGCGGACUCCCAGGCUGUGGGCCCGAGUCGUCCUGGAGAACGCGCGCGUCUCCUCCAAGUUCCUGGCGUCGCUGUCCGCACGCUGCUCGCUCUGCCGGAGCCUCGUGCUGCACAACCUCAAGCCACGGCCGCGGCGCAAGGGGGAGAGCCGCGAGGAGCACGCCGCCACCACGCGGGGCUGCCUGGAGGCUGGGCUGGAGGCGCUGAUGAAGGUGGCUGGCCCCCGCCUGCUGGCGCUGAGGGUGUCCGACUGUCCCCACGUGCUCACCGAGCGCGUGCUGUGGCUCGCCGGCUGUCACAGCCGCAAGCUGCAGGCACUCACCUACAGGAGCAGCACGGACCCCGUGACUGCCCAGGGCCUGUGGUCGCUGAGCGCCGGCUGCCCGGAUGUCGUCUCCCUGCAGGUGGCACCCGGCUACCCAUGCGCCCAGGAGGAGCUUUUCGACAACGGCUGCCUGCAGAUGAUCGGUCGCUGCUGGCCCAACCUGCGGGCGCUGGGGGUCGGAGGUCGCGGCUGUGACAUCCAGGGCCUGGCUGCUCUCGUGCGUAGCUGCGGCGAGCUGCGGGGGCUGGAGCUGGACCGCGUGCUGGAGCUGAGCCAGGAGGGAGCGGCGGCGCUGUGCGAGCCGCCCGGCCUGCGCCGCCUCGAGGUGCUGGCGCUCGUCUUCACGCCCGUGACGCCGCGCGCACUCCUGCACUUCUCCGAGUGCUGCCCUUCGCUCAAGUCGGUGCUGGUUCACGUCGGGAUAUCCGACUACUUCACCGACGCCGACGACCCGGAGAGCCAGAGGCUCUACAGGGAGCUCAUGGACAAGCUGCAGGCACUGAAGAAAAGGCCAGAACUGGCCAACGUGUUGCACAUCAAGGCGGACUAUGGCUGAGGGCGUUGAGGAAGCACGGAACACAAUUCCUACGGGGGGGUGAAGGGAGGAAUUCAUCAAUCGCGAGAGAAGAACCACGACGUCCAUCUCGCAAAAUGCGAAUUCGUUUAAAAUAAAAACCGUCGCGGCCAACUCGCCAACGUUGAACCAACGUUGGCAUGUGGUUGCAACCUUUGGGCUAACGUUGGGUCAACGUUGGCGCGUGGUUGCAACCUUUGGGCUAAUGUUGGGUCAACGUUGGCGCGUGGUUGGAACAUUUGGAUGAACGUUGGAUCAACGUUGGCCCAACGUAUGAUACGAGCCUGCCGAUUGGUGGUGUGUGUGUUAACCCGUGCCGUGCAUGUUACCGUGUCAACGGGCGUCGCACAAAAUCAAAGGUGCUUUGUAGUCUCGUUACCUUGAUGCGUCAUUACCCAGGAGCCUUUGCUCUUCCUGCAACCAUGGCAACUGUUACCAUCUCAAACAUGGCAUCCAAGCAAAUUCCACGUACGAAUGUUAUUAAUAUUGUUAUUAUUAUAUUUACAGUAUUAUUAUUGCUCCAGUAUUUAGUUUGUUCCGAAGCAGAAAACGAACGUUCACACAUUGUGCCUCAGAUGUUUUGCAAAAUGCCAAAAUAGUGUUCAUUCUUUAAAAUUAGGUGUGAGUUUUGUUUGUAAUUUAUGUGUGUGUGUGUGUUGUAAUUCGGAGUGGUCAGAAAGUUUUGAGAAAACUAGAUAUCGUUUUGUACUUUCAUCGAUAGAUGUAGUGGCAGCUUGGCGAGGAGGCCUUCACUCAGCGGCCAAUUGACCAGCAAGAAGGGCCUGGGUUCGAUCCCCGUCUCGGGGACCUUCAUGUGGUAAAGUUUGCGUAUCGUGUCCCUCUUCUGCAUGGGUUGCCUUCGUGUUCACCCGUUUCUUUUCACAGCAAACACAAAAAAAAUAACGACAAUGCAGAACAUUCAAGUGCUGGAAAAUGUACACUGCAAAUGACUCAAUUGGGAUUCCGCACAGCAGCAACAUCGCCCCCUACUGUGGAAACUUGGCAACAUCAACCCCUACUCCCGAGACGCAUUCAGACUUUCAAGGGUAAACAAGGAUAAUGAUGAUAGCCGCAGAUUUUAGUUUUGCUUAAUCGUGGUACAGCUGAUGCUGUUUUAAAUAUACAGAUCAAAUCAAACAUUAAAUAAUCCUGACUUAUUUUGAAUUUGGGGUGAAUCGAUGCGCAUCGUUUAAAAUUGGUUCUUAAGGUCAGGAUGCACGCGUCGAAUCGCGUGUGUUGUUGACGCUGCGAGUGAUAUGUUCAUGCCCAACCCGUUAACCACCAGAGGCGCUCCUACUCACUACAGGAGCUACUACUAUUUUCGUGUUGCAUUUUAUAGUUUUCUAUCAAAAUAGGACGCAUAUCUAACAGAGAGAGAGUCCUUGCAUAUUAACGUCGCCACUGGGAGUGGUUCGAGCAAGCCUGAUUCUGCUUUUGAGACGGUGUAUGUCACAAUCAGACGACUGUGUGUCUGAUGGGAUGUGUAAAAACUUGUAUUUAUUUGGUGAAGGGAUGGAUAUGCGAAGGAGGCUAUAGUCUGCCCGUUCAUUGGUCGACAUCGAGCUAUGUUAAGUAGCUACAUAGAAUCGUAAACAACUAAAUCUGGACUAACCUUAACACAUGAAUUUGGUAAACCACUGGAAUACGCCGUAAUGAAUCGUCCUGCCAAUAAUGCCACCGUCUCAUCCUCAAAACGAAUGACCUCCCUUGUAUAUGUAACUCAUGAUUUAUGUAUAUGCAUUGUACAUAUAUACAUAGAGACGUAUUUCCGUAUUGAAUGUAAAAGAAACGCAUCCAGUGUUUUACUCCAUCGCACACUCAAGCACUUUACAUCGCAGUGUCUGCAGUGGUCGUGGCUUACGUGGCGUGCAAAGAAAUGUUUUUAAAAUAUAUAUAUAUUAAAUAGUAUGUGCUCAAAGGGGAAUGCAACCAACGCACACACUCACUGGCGCACUUACAACACAGGGUGCUCCAACGAAAACAUAAACUCUUGCGAAAAAUUGGGACUCGGCAUUUUGUUGUGCCGUUCGAGAGCGCCAACCGCUGUACCCGUGUGCCCGCGGUCACACUCCGGACGACCGCGGACACACGCUGCUCGGGUUCCCCCCAGGAUCACACCCCUUGCCGAGGUGGCACCCAAGUCAGCACGCCGAACCUUGUGCGUGCGGUUUGUGAACCGUUGGGUCCCCUUAGCCAGCCGCUGCCAGCGGGAGCUGGCGGGAGGGUAGGGAAGAAGCGAUGGCAGCGAGGGGUUGGUGGUGGCCGUGGUGGUGGUGGUGGCAUCAACGGCUACGGCCAUGAAAACAUCUAGGUCAGGGGUCGGCAGCCGCGUGCGGCUCUGUAAGGACUGCUUCGUGAUAGUUAUUAGGGACCCAUCGACUCGUAUUCACGUGCAUCGGCGGCUCCUGAAAUAUUGCGUUGUUUUACCGAAUUCGAAAAAAACGGCUCUUCUUUGUUAUGUUGUUUGCUGACCCCCCGAUCUCGAUGUCAUAAUCAAUACGUCAACAGCCAAGAGUUGCCCAGUAAACAUGGAACGUUGGGCCAACGUCGGUAUGUGGUUGUAACCGGUGGCCCAACGUCGAGCCAACGUUACACGUUUACAGGGCGGUUUCAAUGCUCACAAAUGUCAUUAAAACCACAUUUUUGUCCAUCAGCAGGGAAACUUUGGGAAGGUUUUUUUUUACUUUUUGGGUCUCAUCAGCCGUUGAACAAUUACUGCUGGGUUGCCUGGUGUUGCAGGGGAGAGGACUCCAGGAAGACUGUGUAAACAUUGUUCCAGAAAGCCACGAGGCUGAUGGAUUACAUUGUUUUUUGUUUGUUUGGGCUUACGGUGAAACUGAGCAAAUAAUCGAACAGUUGGGUCAAUAUAUCUGCCCUAUCUCUGCUCUUAAGAAGGGCCAGUGUCUGAAACGUCAGGCUACUAUAUAUAUGUUUCUAUGAUAAGGCAGUGUUAAUGAAGAAUGUGGUGAGUUCUGAGUCUCACCUGGCUACUACAUGAAAUAUGCACCAACAAUUGAAAAACAUUCAAAUAAAUCAUGCACAAUUUUACCCAUACAUUUAUACACAGUCGGAUGUAAUGGAAUAUAUAACACGCUGUCGUGGUGGAUUAUGGUAAACAAAUGUAUUAUAAUAAUACUGUGAGAAAUAUGAAAUGGGAGUCUUCAGCACUUAAAAAAUAAACUACCGUUUAGUCCAUGAACCGAUGGGCCUUCUGAAACAGUGCAUCCACAAUACUUGCAUGCAUAUGAUGGCUCUUGCCUAUAAGAUUUGAACUCUUAAUGAAAGUAAAGGAAAAUCACAGUUACUUAAAAAAAAGAAAAACCCUUUACAACUGCUAAAAAGCAUAAUCCCAUUCGGCAGACAGCCUGAACAUGCAUAUUCGAGCAGCAGUCGUUCAUGCCGACUCAAAUUCACUGCUAAUAUAAUUCACCGUGGAGAUGAAAUCAGUUCGUGCGCAGUUGACGGAAUGAUUGAUAACAUCGCAGGGACGCAAGUAAUGGCACCGGCUUUGGGAGGCCUUCAUUCAGCAGCAGAUUUAUUACGGGCAAAGAUGAUCCUGUAAUAAUGAUUCAAGAUGUGUGUACGAAACUUUGAAUUGUCUCUAAACCGCCUGAAUCUUUAGAUAUGUUUUGGAGUGUGAGAACCCAGCGGCGUUUGUUGCUCAUGGCCCCACUGCGCUGAUGAUACUCGCGAGAGAAGUGUGAUCUGCGUUGUUGUUUUUGCUGCGGCUUGGCCAAGUCAGGGUUCCACCGGCUCUAUCUCAAGCGAGGAGCGGACGUGUGCUCUCGCGCUGUGGUUGCUGCGUUUCGUGGCUUGUCCGGCUUCGUUAGCAAGCUUUGUCUCUUUGCGCCGUGCUCAUGAAAGUGCCAAAAAGUGUCUUAGUGUGCAAUCGCCGCUUGAGAUUGGUUAAUUUCUGCAUAUUAAACUUGCCAUCGCUCGCAACGACUCUCUCUCUCCCUACCCGAGACACAAAACUACUGCUUACACAGCCUCUUGCGGUUGUACUGCUGUGGUGGCUAUACGAUGCGCGGUUGGGUUGUACCAGCGGGUUGGCAAUAACAAGCAGAGCCAUUGUUUUUUUCGAAUUCGGUAUAAUACCGCAAUAUUUAAAGAGCCGCAGUGCACGUGAACACGAGAACGGUGGUUCCUUGAUAAGUCACGAAGCGGUCCUUAAAAGAGCCGCAUGUCGACCUCUGGGUUGUGCCGUCCGUCGUUCGGCAAGAUGUCCGACGUUUCGUUUCAGGUCCACACGCUGCCAGCCCACCAUCAUCUUCCGACGUGGAAUGGUAAAAAGAAUGACGAUCACUUCAUAGGAAGGCUGCUCAACAAACCAGCCGUGAUGUGUUUUUGGGUGGUGUGUUGUUCUGCACGAUGUCCGACGUUUCGUGUCAGUUCCAAAUGUCAACGUUUUCUUAACAUAAAAUAGAUAACAGCACAAUUGGAA